AAGGAAGAUAAAAAAAGUACAUCAUCAAAUAAAGAAGAUAGUCCAAGUAAUAAAGAUGAAACAGUUGGAUCAGCAUCAACUGGUAGUAAUGGAUUACCAAGUGCAGAGCCAUCACAACCUGGUAGCAAACCUGGUUCUGCUGGUGCUACUGCACGUGAAGGUGCACAAAGAUUACUUGCACUUGCUAGUAGAGGUGAAUGGGCACCCGUUGAUCAGCUUCUUAAGACCCUAGAAAAAGCGGUACAAAGUGCUGGAGAUGAAGGCAAUCCUGCACCGCUUGCCGGUCUUAUGGAUCCGACAACUGGCAUGACACCUCUCAUGUAUGCUGUCAAGGACAAUCGCACAGCAUUUCUAGAUCGUAUGAUAGAUCUUGGGGCUGACGUGGGUGCUCGUAAUAACGAUAAUUACAAUGCACUACAUAUAUCAGCAAUGUAUUCACGUGAAGAUGUUGUUAAAUUAUUAUUAUCUAAACGUGGAGUGGAUCCUUAUUCUACUGGUGGUCCACGCCAACAAACCGCCGUUCAUCUUGUAGCAUCCCGACAAACAGGUACAGCAACAUCAAUAUUACGAGCACUUUUAAAUGCUGCAGGACGUGAUAUACGUAUGAGUAUUGAUGGCAAAGGAAAGAUUCCAUUACUAUUGGCAGUUGAAGCUGGCAAUCAAUCUAUGUGUCGUGAGUUAUUAGCUCAACAAGCACCUGAACAAUUGCGUGCGACAACACCAGCGGGUGAUACUGCUUUACAUCUUGCUGCACGUCGUCGUGACGUCGAUAUGGUCCGAAUACUCGUUGACUACGGUGCCCAAGUUGAUAUGCAAAAUGGUGAUGGCCAGACAUCGUUGCAUAUAGCAAGCGCUGAAGGUGAUGAAACUUUAGUUAAAUAUUUUUAUGGUGUACGUGCAUCAGCAUCAAUAGCAGAUCAUCAAGAUCGUACACCAAUGCAUUUAGCUGCUGAAAAUGGUCAUGCAUCAAUAAUUGAUUUAUUAGCUGAAAAAUUUCGUGCUAGUAUAUUUGAACGUACAAAAGAUGGUUCAACUUUAAUGCAUAUUGCAUCAUUGAACGGGCACUCGGAAUGUGCCAAUAUGUUAUUUAAAAAAGGUGUUUAUCUUCAUAUGCCAAAUAAAAGAGGCGCUCGUUCUAUUCAUACAGCAGCACGUUAUGGACAUGUCGGUAUUAUAAGUACAUUAUUACAACGGGGUGAAAAAGUUGAUGCUACAACAAAUGAUAAUUAUACAGCAUUACAUAUUGCUGUUGAAAGUGCUAAACCAUCUGUUGUUGAAACAUUAUUAGGAUAUGGUGCUGAAGUUCAUGUACGUGGUGGUAAAUUACAUGAAACUCCACUUCAUAUUGCUGCAAGAGUACAAGAUGGUGAUAGAUGUGCACUUAUGUUACUUAAAAGUGGUGCUGGUCCUAAUUUAACAACUGAUGAUGGACAAACACCAGUUCAUGUUGCUGCUAGAUAUGGUAAUUUAACAACACUUAAAUUAUUACUUGAAGAUGGUGGUGAUCCAAUGUACAAAUCAAAAAAUGGCGAAACACCAUUACAUUUAGCGUGCCGUGGUUGUCGUUCAGCAGUAGCACGCCAUUUAAUUGAAUUUGUUAAAGAAAAAAAAAGUCCUGAAAUAGCAACAGCUUAUGUUAAUAGUGUUAAUAAUGAAGGUGCAAGUGCACUACAUUAUGCUGCACAAAUAGAACCAACAGAAGUUAUUGAAUCAGGUGAUGAUCGUUUAGUAGUUUGUGCUUUAUUAGAAAAUGGUGCUGAUGUAUCAUUGCAAACAAAACAAACACAAGAAACAGUAUUUCAUUAUUGUGCACUUGCCGGUAAUAAUCAAGUAUUAUCAGAAAUGAUAAAUCAUAUGACAGCAACAGAAGUACAAAAAGCAUUAAAUAAACAAAGUGCAGUUGGUUGGACGCCGCUGCUGAUAGCUGCUCAUCGUGGACAUAUGGAGUUAGUAACAACAUUAUUGGCAAAUCAUGCACGGGUUGACGUAUUCGAUCUUGAAGGUAGAUCGGCACUACACCUAGCUGCUGAACAUGGCUAUCUCCAAGUCUGCGACGCUCUGCUAGCCAGCAAGGCAUUCAUCAACUCAAAAUCACGUGUUGGUCGUACAGCAUUACAUUUAGCUGCUAUGAAUGGUUAUACACAUCUUGUUAGAUUUUUAAUUCAAGAUCACAGUGCUGCUAUUGAUGUAUUGACAUUAAGAAAACAAACACCACUUCAUUUAGCUGCUGGUUCUGGACAACUUCAAGUUUGUCGUUUAUUACUUGAACUUGGUGCAAGUAUUGAUGCUACUGAUGAUCAAGGUCAAAAACCAAUACACGCUGCGGCUAUGAAUAAUUAUGCUCAAGUUGUACAAUUAUUUUUACAACGUCAUCCUAGUCUUGUUAUGGCUUGUACUAAAGAUGGAAAUACUUGUGCACAUAUUGCAGCAAUGCAGGGUAGUGUACGUGUUAUUGAAGAAUUAAUGAAAUUUGAUCGUCAAGGUGUUAUAUCAGCAAGAAAUAAAUUAACUGAAGCAACACCACUUCAAUUAGCUGCUGAGGGUGGUCAUGCUGAAGUUGUUAAAGCAUUAGUACGUGCUGGUGCUUCAUGUGCUGAUGAAAAUCGUGCUGGUUUUACAGCUGUACAUUUAGCUGCACAACAUGGACAUGGACAAGUAUUAGAGGUCAUGAGAACUUCACAGUCAUUGAGAAUAUCAAGUAAAAAGCUUGGUGUUACUGCUCUACAUGUUGCUGCUUAUUUUGGUCAAGCUGAUACUGUACGUGAAUUAUUAACUCAUGUACCUGGAACUGUUAAAUCUGAUCCACCAACUGGUGGUUCAUUGGUUGGUGAACUUGGAAGUGAAUCUGGAAUGACACCACUUCAUUUGGCUGCUUAUUCAGGCAAUGAAAAUGUCGUCAGAUUAUUACUUAAUUCAGCUGGUGUUCAGGUAGAAGCAGCUACAACAGAAAAUGGUUACAAUCCACUACAUUUAGCAUGCUUUGGUGGUCAUAUAACAGUAGUAGGUUUAUUAUUAAGUAGAUCAGCAGAAUUACUUCAUAAAACAGAUCGUUAUGGAAAAACUGGACUACAUAUUGCUGCAAAUCACGGGCAUUAUCAAAUGGUUGAAGUAUUAUUAGGUCAAGGAGCUGAGAUAAAUGCUACUGACAAGAAUGGAUGGACGCCUUUACAUUGUGCUGCAAGGACAGGUCAUUUAGAAGUUGUUAGAUUAUUAGUUGAAAGUGGUGCUUCACCAAAGACUGAAACUAAUCUUGGAAGUGCACCUAUUUGGUUUGCUGCUUCUGAGGGCCACAAUGACGUACUAAAGUAUCUUAUGGAAAAAGAACAUGAUACUUAUGCAUUAAUGGAAGAUCGUAGGUUUGUUUACAAUAUGAUGGUAUGCAGUAAAAGUCACAAUAAUAAACCAAUCGAAGAAUUUGUUCUUGUAUCACCAGCUCCAGUAGAUACAGCUGCAAAAUUAUCAAACAUUUAUAUGAAACUAUCGGAAAAAGAAAAAGAACGAGCAAAAGAUUUAAUUGCAGCUGGAAAACAAUGUGAAUCAAUGGCUACUGAAUUAUUGGCAUUAGCAGCUGGUGCUGAUUCAGCUGGUCGUAUUCUUACAUCAAUGGAUCGUCGUAAUGUUGAAUUUCUGGAUGUAUUAAUUGAAAAUGAACAAAAAGAAGUUAUCGCGCAUACAGUAGUGCAACGUUAUUUACAAGAAUUAUGGCGGGGUCCAUUAACAUGGAGUGGGUUUAGACAAUUUUUUUUAUUUAUAACAUUUAUUAUUUGUCCACCAGUAUGGGUAGUAUUUGCCUUACCAUUAGGCCAUAAAUAUAACAAUGUACCCAUUAUUAAAUUUAUGACAUAUUUAACAUCACACAUAUAUUUAAUGGUAUUACUUUCAUUAGUGGGUAUAACACCACCAUUUUCAGUUAUGAGAUCAAAUUUAUUGCCAUAUUCAUAUGAAUGGUGUUUAUUAGUUAUAUUAUCGGGUUUAUUAUUAUUUGAAUUAACAAAUCCAAGUGAUAAAAGUGGUUUAGGUUGGAUUAAAUUAGCAGUGUUGUUGUUUAGUAUAACUGGUGUUGGAUUACAUCUCGCGGCAUGGACUAUUCUUGAUAAAUAUUAUUGGCCAACAUUACUUUAUCUACGUAAUCAACUAUUUGCAUUAAGUUUUUUGUUGGCUUGUGUACAAAUAUUGGAUUUUUUAUCAUUUCAUCAUCUAUUUGGACCAUGGGCUAUUAUUAUUGGUAAUUUGAUGAAGGAUUUGGCAAGAUUUUUGGCAGUACUUGCAAUAUUUGUAUUUGGAUUUUCAAUGCAUUUUGUGGCACUCAAUCAGGCAUUUAUCAACGGUCCUCAAGCAAGAACCAAAAGGAAUGCUUUUUCAGAUGUUAAGAUGAAUCCAAUACUGGCCGUUGAGUUACUAUUCUUCGCUAUUUUUGGACAAACAACCCACGAACAAUUCAAGAUUCACAAAGGCAACGAACAACCAGGAUGGACAACUGGCCUGUUCAAACUUGCAUUUGGUAUUUAUAUGCUGGUUUCAGUUGUUGUACUGAUAAAUCUACUUAUUGCUAUGAUGAGUGAUACUUAUCAACGGAUACAAGCACAGUCAGACAUCGAAUGGAAAUACGGACUCAGUAAACUUGUUCGAAAUAUGCACAGAACAUCAACUGCACCAGCCCCAUUAAAUUUGAUAACAACUUGGCUACUUUAUUUAAUAAAAUUAUGCAAAAAACGUGCUGUUAAAAAACAGCGUCCGUCUCUGGUACAUUUAAUGGGUCUACAUCGUACAGGAAGAAUGUCACCACGUUCAAAAAUGGGUGCUAAAUGGCUAUCAAAAGUUAAAAAAACUAAAGUUUCACACAAAGACAGUAUUGCUAUGUCUGUAGCACAUUUAAGUCCCCUUGGCAGUCAAUUAUCAUUUAGCAAUGCCUUGAGAAUAGAGACUGUUGUUGACUGGGAUGUCGUAAGAAGAAAAUACUUGGAACUUUUUGGUGAUGAAGCAGAUAAAGUUAAUGAAGAAAUUAAAGAAGAUGUUAAUGAACCAUUAGCUACUGUUAAUGAAGAAACUCCUGUAACUUCAUCAAAUGAAUUAGUUUAAUUAACU